AUGUUGCUGGAGAAUCCUGUUGGCCCUCAAAGUCGGCAACCGAAUGACUCUCGUCUGAUUGAAGAACUGCCGCCAUUGCCCUCCUUGUUGACUAAUCCGAUUGGAUCGGGAACGGUCCCUCCAAACAACCUGCCAAUGGUCCCUCCAAACAACCCGGGAUCAUCUACAUCUACACAGGCAAAAGCUCCAACACCAAACAUCUCUUCUGGCCAGCAUAGACGUGUGUCCCGGGGAGCUCUUUCAGACGCCAGUCCCGGUUCUACUCUUUGUCGCAGCCAGUCAUCAAGUCCCCAACAAUCAUUGAAGGGGUCUGGGUCUCAUUUAGCAAAUGCCUUUAAUGGCUCAACGGAAACUAGAUUGCAGAUGUUUGAGAAGCAAGUUGCGGCUGAUGAAGAGCGCUUCAAGCGUGAAGAUACGCGAGAGACUGAACAAACCAACCUCGAGAGGGAUCGUAUCAAACGUGAAGACAAGCGGGAAAAAUCACGAGACCGGAAGGACAACCAGCAACAUGCCGAUCGACUUAAAUGGGAGCGCGAAAAAUUUAACCGUGAGGAAAAGUUGGUCACAGAUCGAGAGGCAAAAGCUGAUAAACCGCGAGACGAAAAGAAGACAAUGGUCAUGGAGCUCCUUUGUGAGGGAAAGUCAACAGCAGAGGUUGAAAGUAUCAUCAAUAUGAUAUAUGGGUAG